GAAAAGAUGCUUCCUUUAAAGGUAAUUCAGGGUCUGCAAUGGUAUUUGGGUUUACCCGAUGAAUUCUUAAGGAACCCAGAAGACAACCUUGAUAAGUGUUUCAGACUUGUGGAAAUGGAAGAUGGAUUGAAAGGGCUAGCUGUUAAUGUCGAUGGAAGUGAGAGAUUUUUAUCGAUGAUGCAGAGGAAUGCAAUGAGGAGAGGAGUGUAUAGUGGUGUGAAGGGUGAGGUGCUAGAAUUUCCAUUAUUUCCGUCAAAGGGAUUGAGACUUAAAAGGAAGAUUGCAGACUGGUUUGAUGAGUUUCAGAGGCUUCCAUAUGUUUCACCCUAUGAGAAUUAUUCUGGUUUGGAUCCAAAUAGCGAUAUAGCGGAAAAACGAGUGGUGGGUGUGCUUCACGAGUUGCUUAGUUUGUUUGUUGAGCAUGCUGCAGAAAGGAAGAAGCUUUUGUGUCUUAGAAAACACUUAGGGUUGCCACAAAAAGUUCACAAGGCGUUUGAGAGGCAUCCUUAUAUCUUCUAUUUGUCAUUGAAUAAUAAGACUUGCACUGCAAUACUAAAAGAAGCUUACUGUGAUAGAGGGGCUAUAGAGCAACAUCCUUUAGCAAAAGUGAGGAAAAAAUACAUCAGUUUGAUGAAGGAGUCAGAGGGUAUACUGAAACGUAAAAGGUUAAACAAUAGACCACAUGAUCAGGGUAACAUGAAUAUUAAGGAUUUGGAUUAUACAGAUGAUGAAGAAGUGAAACUGCAACAGAGUAGCUCUGCUCUUUGAGGUUUGCAGCUAAAACAACUUCUUCUUUUUUAAGGUCUUGGAUCUAAAGAAGAACCGUUUUAAGUAGGCAGCCAGGAAAUUUUUUCUUAAUCUGGAACAGCUUCCAAGGUGGGAUAAAGGCUUUUUGGGUGGAAAGGUGGACAUAGCGCGUGAAUUCUGCACCUCUCAUUCGUUAAUGGUGAUUCCAGUAUGAUGGCACUGACCACAGAACAUGCAAAGGACACAUAGCAUGAUGUAUUAUCAAUGGAGCUUCAAGUCUUAAACAAGAGUACACGAUUUGCUCGCGAGAUACAUUGUUACAUGGUUGAUGUGCUCUAUCUCUAUAUCUGAAAGGCACAAUGCUACAUGUAUGAAGUGAUGUUGGAUAGUUAUUGAGCUCACUGUAUCUCAUUGUUUUCUCAGACAUCUAAUUUAAAAUUUUUUGUUUCCUUUGUUUUA